AUGGGCAACUUCUUCGGCCUCCGCGGCAACAAGCUCAACUAUGCCAUCAGCUUCAUUGCCGGCGUUGACUUCCUCCUCUUUGGCUAUGACCAAGGUGUGAUGGGCGGCAUCUUGACGAUGCACGACUUCCUCGAGACGUUUCCGUCGAUCAACCCGCGCGCGGCGGGGCUCUCGGCGGCAGAGGCCGCCACGGCGUCGACAUACCAGGGCAUCGCGGUGUCGUGUUACAACCUCGGCUGCUUCCUGGGCGCCAUCAUGGCCAUCUGGAUCGGCAACCCCAUCGGCCGGAAGCGGAUGAUCAUCCUCGGCACGUCCAUCAUGGUUGUCGGCGCCGCUCUGCAGGCCUCGGCUUUUACCCUCUCGCACUUCAUCUUUGGCAGGAUCUUGACGGGCGUGGGGAAUGGCCUGAAUACAUCGACCGUUCCUACGUGGCAGGCCGAGACGUCCAAGUCUCACAAGCGUGGCAAGCUCGUGAUGAUUGAGGGUGCUCUCAUCGCGGGUGGAAUCAUGGUCAGCAACUGGGUCGACCUGGGCUUCAGCUUGGUUGGUUCCUCUGUAUCCUGGAGGUUCCCGCUGGCAUUCCAGUGCUUCUUCUGCUUCUGGAUCCUCGCGUUUGUCGGCGGUCUACCCGAGUCCCCUAGAUGGCUUAUCCUCAAGGGCAAAGAGGCCGGGGCCCGCGGCGUGCUUGCCGCGCUCGCGGACCUGCCCGCAGAGGACAAGCGCGUCCAGGUUGAGUUUGACAUCAUCAAGGUCGCGGCUCUCGAGUCGUCCAAGGGCUCGUUCCGCGAGGUCUUCACCAUGAACAAGGACCGCAACUUCCACCGGGCGCUCCUGGGCUACAUGAGCCAGGUGUUCCAGCAGAUCUCGGGUUGCAACCUGAUCACCUACUACGCGCCCGUCAUCUGCGCCAACCUGGGCAUGUCCGAGUUCAUGGCGCUGCUGCUGGCGUCGUGCAUCGCGACCGAGUACUUCCUCAUCUCGUGGCCGGCGGUCUUCAUCAUCGAGCGGGUCGGCCGGCGCAAGCUGCUCCUCGUCGGCGCGGCGGGCCAGGCGGCCACGAUGGCCGUCCUCGCGGGGGUCAACUCUGCGACCUCGCCGUCUACCCAGAUCGCCGCCAUCGUGUUCCUGUUCGUCUUCAACACCUUCUUCGCGUUCGGCUGGCUGGGGAUCCCCUGGCUGUACCCGAGCGAGGUGGUGCCCCUGCGCAUCCGCGCGCCCGCAAACGCCCUGUCCACCUCGGCCAACUGGAUCUUCAACUUCCUUGUCGUCAUGAUCACGCCCGUCGCGUUCGAGACCAUCGGGUACCAGACGUACGUCAUCUUUGCCGUCAUCAACGCCUUCAUGUUUGUCUGCGUGCACCUCUUCUGGCCCGAGACGGCGUACCGCUCGCUCGAGGAGAUUGACUGCAUCUUCCACCGCGUCGAGGGCCACGGCGGCGUCAAGGGCUACUUCAGCGUCGUGCAGGCCGCGCGCGACGAGCCCCGCCGGUACGACAAGAACGGCGAGCUGCUCAUCCUGGACGAGGAGUCGUCGGCAAUCGGUUGCAUUCACCCGCAAAUCAUCAUCAUGAUCACGAAAUCUGUCUCUGCCGUUUACUCUCGUACUGUCCAGUGA